AUGGUUUCAUUCCGUUUGCACGACCAAUUAGGAGAACAACAGUCGUUCCUUUCCGUUGGCAAACGGAAAUACGUGAGAGGUACCAGGUUCGAAGAAAGCGUUCGAGCUGAUGGUAAGAUAGUCGCCGUGACAGGAGCGAACUCCGGUAUCGGUCAAGCCAUCACGGCUGAGCUUAAUCGACGAGGUGCGACCGUUUAUAUGCUAAUCCGUGACAAACAGCGGGGGAUGGAAUCCAUAAACAGGCUUGAGAAGGAAGGAUGCGACCCGAAGAGGCUAAUUCUUCGGCAUAUGGAUUUGGCUCUUCUCAGCUCAGUGAGGAGUUUUGCAGAAGAGUUCAGCAAAGAGGUUCCUCAUCUCGACAUCCUCAUUUGUAACGCUGGAGUUCUGCGGCUCCCUAAGUUCGCAAAAACCGUUGAUGGAUUCGAGAAAACAUGGCAGUGCAAUUACUUAGGUCAUUUCCUGCUCACCCAAUUGCUGUUGCCCUUGAUUUCUAAGUCGUGCGAUGGUCGAGUCAUCAAUAUCUCAUCUAUUAUGUACGAAUACGCUGAUAGCGUUAGUCUCGAUGUGGUGAACGAUCCUGACCGUUACGGUGGCAUGAUGGCUUACUGUAGAAGUAAAAUGGCACAGGUGAUGUACACGUGGUAUCUUGCUAGGCUUCUGGAAGAAAAACGCCUGCCGGUAACAGUCACAGUAUGCCAUCCAGGAAGUGUCGAUACCAACAUUCUCAAAGAAUCCGGGUUUCAAUGGGUCCAACGGGUUUACGGUAGGGCCUACCCCAAAUACUUGCCGUUGAUGUGGUUUGUUGCUGAAAAACAAAGGACGAUGGCGCCAAGUGCCUCUGUGGUGCUAGCCCUGAUGAGAAGAUACAACAAAUUAACGGACGCUUACUUCAGGGAGCUCAAUAUUCGUUUAUUGUAUAAGGUUUGGUGCAGUAGAGAGCAGGAUUUCGCUGUCCAUAAACCCGUAGGCAAAUGCUGGAAGGAGGAGUCAUGCAAGAAGCUGUUCGAGGAAUCAUUCGAAGCGGUGAAGGCUCCUUCACUCUGA